AGUGCAGAUUUCACCUCCCCUCGCGGUGCCGGGGUGCCCGUCCUGCGCCGACACCGUCUUACUCCUCCCGAACGUAGCAAAGCUUUGGCUAAUCACAAAUACAUAAGCAUUUUUCUCCCAUCCGUUCUCAUCAGCCUGUACUCCAAGAAGAAGAGGGGCGGAAAAAAAAAGUGCGGGGCUGUACAUGAGCGUGUCUUUGUGCCACUGUUCGUUCCGCGGGCUGACAGAGGCGGCAUUGUUCGCGGGCUGUGGCCGGCUUGGCAGCCAGAGAAGGUGGGGAUCUGCGCCGCGCAUACCGAAUCGGCAAGCGGCCGAGGACAGGGGUCGAGAAACUCCUAGAGCUGCGUUAACAACAAGAGGGAGUUUCAUAGCACCUCGCUAAUAGUUUCUGCUGGUGUCUUCCGCAAAAUGCAAACGGGGUCCAGCACGAGGAGUCCUUGUUAAUCGAAGCACAGAAGCUUUUGCUUCCUCACUGAGAGAGCCUGUAUGAAGACCUGUGUGGAUGGUGUUGUAAGAAACAGAAGGUGCACACAGCACAGAUGCCAGCCUUCUGCAAGGAAUAACCUCUUCAGCCCCAAGUGACGCCAGCUCCUCCUAGUACCAUGGGGCCAGGGGGUGGUUUCUUAGGCAGUGGACUCCAGGUCCAUGUCAUCCUGUGGGGAAGUUUGGCAGCCAUGACAACACUCUUGUUCCUCACCUUCCUCAUCUUCCUCUGCUCCAGCUGCAACAGGGAAAAGAAGGCCAAACAUCAGAAUGGAGAUCAUGAAAACCUGAUGAAUGUGCCUUCCGACAAGGAAGUGUUCAGCCACUCGAUCACAAGUUCGGCUACAGAGCCCCCUCCAAGCAGCGACCAGAACGGGGCACUCAGCAAUGGCGAGGUACUCUCAGAGGACAGUACAACUGCCUGUAUUCAGCCUUAUGAAGAAGUACAGACAUCUGUCUCUGAUCUGCUAGAUCAACAGGAUAGUCUUGGAAAGCCUGUAAAAUGUCACCAGAGCCGGGAACUACCCAGUAUUCCCCCUAACACCACCAUGGAAACCAUCAUCUCAGCUAGAAAUGCAGAAAAUGAUCAAAGUCUUGGAAUGGAAGGGCCUUACGAGGUCUUGAAAGACAGCUCCUCUCAGGAGAACAUAGUUGAAGACUGCUUGUAUGAAACUGUGAAGGAAAUUAAAGAUGUUGGAGCAGUAGCCAGCAUGGAAGAGAGCUGUAACAGCAAAUCAAAGGCUUCACUGACCGUUUCUGAAGGUCAGAAUCAGAUUCCUGAGUGCAGAAUUGAAUCAGCAGAAUAUGCAUCUGUUGACCGAAAUAAAAAAAGUCGCCAGAGUGCUAAUUCAGAAAGCCCUCUUGACAACACACCAGAUGUAGAGGAUGAGCUUCCCCCUCCAGUACCCAUGAAGCUUCUUGAUGAAAAUGAGAAUGUGCAAGAAAAAGAAGUGGAAGAAGUGACAGAAGGAGCAAGUAAACCAGAGAAGAGGCUUAGUUCGAUGUCUUACAAGUCUCGGGAGGAAGAUCCAUCUCUUACAGAAGAUGAGAUCUCAGCCAUGUACUCAUCGGUGAGUAAGCCGGGACAGCCCAUCAAGGCACUGGAUUCUCCUUACACCUGUAUUCAAGAAAUUGCAUCUCAGAGGUCCCCGUCUAUUUGCAGUGGCCUCUAUGCAAGUGUGAAGGACUUUGAAAACACCCUAAAUACUACCACUGUGCCUCAGUCAGCGGACAGACCAAACGGGGAGCUGGAGCCUGACUAUGAAGCUAUCCAGUCAGUGAGCCAAGAAGAAGACAGGACCUUGUCUGUGCCUAACACAAACCACACUGCUCUUUCAGGAGAGAAUGACUAUGAGAGCAUAGGGGACUUGCAGCACCACAGAGAUCUCACCAGACUUUAACUACUCCGGCAGGCAGAUUUCUCCGCUGGUAUUUUCAAAGGAACAUGUGAAACACAGAGAGGGGGAUGCUUCUCCUUUUGAGGAACGAAGCUAAGUAGAGAACAAAAGUUGUGAAGAAGCGGCAUACGUUUCAGCCAGGGUGUGAUACCUGCUAGGUUAUUCUGGGUGGUGGAUGGAGGCUCCUGGGAAAGGGUAUGUCAGGUCAGAAUGACGACCAGGACAAUGUAAAGACUUCUUUAUUGUUAGCUCCAAGACGACCAGAAUUUGGGAAGGAGUGCUAUGCUUGUUGUCCCAGUAGGAUUACAUACCAAAAAGACUGCCUUUACACAAAGCUAGCUUUUCAUUUUAAGAGAUUAUUUUAUGUCAUUUGCUUCAAAGUGUUUUUCAAGCAUCAUUUUUCAUUCAAGUUCGGGCAUCCACAACGUUGAGCAAAUCACGGAUCAUUGUACCUCAACUCAGACUUACUUUGCAGGGCUGGAGAAGGCAUGCUCACUUCUGUGUCUUUUGGGGACCUCUGUCCGCAUUCAUUGCAACUAAAGUGCAAACAACAGCACUUCACAAGGGACCUACUCAAAUGUACUUGAAUUAAUUCUGUCAGCUUUUUUUUUUUAACGUCAAGGGCUGUAGAAUGUGACUUGUAAUAUUUGAGAUGUGUACUGGUAUUUGUAGGUUUUUUGUUUGAUUAUUUGUGAAAUACGCUUUAACAUGGCAAGUGACACCCUUAGCGUUCUUGCUCUGUUCCCCUCACAUGCACACAUAUACCAACACAUACACACACCAGACAAUUGUCAUGUUGCAAAAAGUUCUGCAAAUGAAUGCAUUGGCAUAAUGUUUAGCCUAACCUUAAUAGUGUUGAGUCAUUUUUUGAAGAACUUUGCCCUUUUUUAAGACUUAAAGUAUUGUAAUAUGUUUGUCUAGUUUAUUGUAUAGGAAAAUUUACAUACUGUGUUGAGUGGAUAAUAUUUUUUAUUUUUACAACAUAUUUUUCAUCUUCAAAGUUUUUGUAGAUUAACUUACUGUUUUAUGUAACAGGAGGAAUCCCAUUCUUUGGGCUUUAUUUGGUUUUCUUUUACAUUUUUUUCCUAUUUCAGAAGUAUGUAAAUGAACAAUUGCUUUUUUCUUUUUUGUCUUCUUGAGCAGGGGUGUUGAACAUGCCUUGCUGUUUUUAAGCUCAAAAUAAUGGAGUCUAUAUAAAAGAACACUGCCAAAGGGCAAAAAAGAGGCAGAAAAGACAGUGGGAUUUAGUCUGUGAUAGCCACUGGUCCUCCUUGUUCCUCGGCUGAAAGGAGCAGGAGGGCAACCAAGAACUUCUUGGGGCUCUGACAAGCAGUUUGAAUGCCACUGGCUUUUCAAAGAUACCAAGUUAUUCUCUUAUGAUUAAAAACAAAGUACAGUGCUUGGAUUAAAUAAGUAGGUACUGGGUUGAUGCUUUUGUUUUCUACAAGAAUAGUACAAUGAAUAGUACAAUAGUGCAAGAAUAGUUCAACAGUAGAGAACUGACAUUGUGCGAUACGCAUCUGUACACAGUUACGUGUAUGCAUGUGCAUACAGCCCCCUGUAUAUAAGCAUACACAUGUAAUUUGGACACAAGUAUAAAUUAUAGCCCAAACUUGCUAACAUUCAAAUACAUUAAGAUACGAAAUAUCUAGCAUGUGCUUGAAGAAUAGUUUAUUUUUAAUUCAAAAUAAACAGCACAUAAACUGAGGUUGGCUUAUUCCAUAGUAGCCAAAACAGGUUUAGUUUCAGCUCAGUUGGAACUGGGUUUUGAUAUACCAGAUGAAGUCCUUCUCAGAUCACUGGCCAGCACUCAAUAUUACUUGGUACUAUAAAAAGCAUACACAGAUCUGGUUACACACAUUUAUUAGAAAUAACUUCAUAGGUGAAAGUAGUAUACUGAUUUUUGGGCUUCGCCUGUAAGUAGUACAGCUCUGAGGAGCAGUGCAAGUGCUCAGUCAAACUCUGCCCGCAGGGUGAUUCAAACUUCAUGGAUCCUGACCUCAUGCGACAGUGCAGCACACUUGAUCUAUGACUCUCUUCCUUUGAGGAGAAGCAGUUCAGACCAGUCUGCAUCCAUCUUGGUCUUGACCAUGUUGCCAUGCUUCCACAGCUGCACUAAACCCUUUGCUUCCACUUCAUUGCAGCGCUUUUUAAAGCUGACUUCUGUCUUCCUUUCUGGAGUUUUUCCCUCAAAAAAAGUUUCUAUUUCUGUUCCCUUGAAUGUGAAUUCAUGAAGUUCACCUUUGACUGUUCUCUCCUUCUACUUCACACUGUUUAAGGCCAAAGAUAAGAUGCACCGUGUUUCAGAAGAUCUGUUGUGCUAAGUCUGGAGAAUUUCUGAAGUCUUUAACUAUGUGUUUGCUGUCUGUUCCUUGCUCAGGGGUACAGGUUUAUAUAUGUAGUCCUCACUCUGACUCCUGCAACUUAGUGGCAGGCAUACCUCAACUCCUGAAAUUCCCAAAUACAUCUCAAGAUGUAGUUAUCCCUUAAGGAUUGUCUUACUCGUUACAUGGAUGACUGCUUGUGGAGAAACAGUAGCAACAUGAGGUUUGUCAGGUUCACCAGAUUCAAUUUCAAGACCAAUUUAAAGGUAUGAGAUAAUGCCAGUUAACAAUAGCAAAGAAUAACACUGAACUCUUGAUUGUAAAAUUCUAAGGUGCAAAAGAAGAAAUCAAACAUCACUCUGGAAGUGCCCCCAUCAAGAUCAGCAAGUCAACGGAAGGAGAGCUUCCUGGUCACUCUUUGCAGUCUUCCAGAGCAGGAUUAAGAGUGUUGGUUUGGAGGAAGGGAUGUGAGACUUGGCUCCUUUCUUCCUUUCUUUCCCCUGUUCUGACAGCUGCUCCUUGAGACACCCAGACUUCCCUUUUCCACAGUGAAAUCCCUGCCCCUCUCUUUUUCUUUUUUUUUACUAUUUUUAACCUGCCUCAUACAGCCUUGCACUGGGAGCUGGUACUAUGUCUGCAGUCCUGUGGUGCUGGCACAUCCCUUCCCGUUUAAAUGAUUCUCAGGGUGGUCACAACCUUUUCAUCGUCCACCAGACCCUCAGCAUGGUGGGGAGGGAGCUCAGAUUUUGGAUUGCUGCUUGCGGGAUGUGUACUUGCCCUCAGCCGUUGAGACCCCUGCACAUUGGACUCUUGAGAGCUGCAAAAACAAAUUACCUUCCUGAACAAGGACGCACAGGGGAGUCUGUAACUCCCCUACAAUUUCCAUUAUAUAAUCUAAUGCUAAGGCAAAAUAUUUUAGAAUUCAGUCCAAGGUUCUUAAGUGAAUAAUUACAUCUCUUGACAAAGAAUCAAGCUUCUGUUUUAGUUUCCUCUUCCCAGAAGUAAGAUCUGUUCUUUUACAGCUGUUGCCAAUGCUUUCUUUUCACUAAUACAUUGGAUGGAAAGAUUUUUCCAACAGUAAUCUCCAAAUAGAUUAAUCUGACUGUAAAGAAGAGGGAGUCUCUUCUGCUUGUCUCUUCAUUGCUAUUUUUUCCCCUCUCACCAUACCCCUAAAAAAAAUAUCAACAUCCAAAAUGAAGUAUUUGUUACCUGGCAAUCUUUUCUGGAGAAGCUUCACAGUUUAUUUCUUUGCCUCUGUGUUUUGGCAGAACUAUAUAAUAAGAUCUCGCAUCACAUUGCUACAGUAAGGCCAAGACAAGCUGUAAUGUGUGUAUAACUGCACUAGUGAAAAGGUCUUUUCUGAUUUCCUUGUGGGAACUGGUAGAAAUAGGAAAUGGAGUUUGGAUGUCUCUUCCAUGAAUCUGUCUCCUGUGGGAGUUGUUCUCACCACAUACCUAAACCAGUUCUCACCACAUACCUAAACGAGUGCUAACCCCAUACAUAAACCAGUCAUCCCUUUCUACCAUGAUAAGCACAGAAUUGCUUUCUCAGUCACAGAGAGAAAUAGAUUCUUUACAUAUAUCUGUAGCGCAGGCGUGUACCUAAUUACCAUGGUUAGAUCAGUUAUAGUGCCUUUUUUACUAAGUAGCUAGUACUUCCAUACUCUUUUUCACACUGUGUUUGUUUUAGUCAAAAGUACAAAGGGACAACCCCAACAUUUACUUUUCUAAGUUGGAAACAGCUUUAUAGAGACACAUUAAAUGUAUUGGACCUUAAUUAGCCCAACAAUAGCAAUAGUCUCUCACAAACAUCCUCCAAAAAGCCCAGUGAUGUAGCUACGAUGACUAAGCUUUGCAAUAAGAAUUAUCAGUCUUCUUUUGAAGAAUCUAAGUUUUUCAACAGUGAGCAUUCAGGGAGGUAGGUGGUGGUCUUUGUCCACGUCAACUGUGAACAGUUUAGUUGCUUCAGUCUUUCUAUUAAUAUCAAUUUUAAGCUUGCUUACAUGUAGCAGGGUUCAUGGGGUGAGGAAUGAGUAGGUGUGGGGAUUCAUACUCAUGAAUCACCCAGAGCUGGACCAUCCCUGCAGUAGCAACUGGCUGAGGACCAGCUACCUUGUUCUCUAAGCCCUUGUCUAUCGUGCCUUCAGGGAGUCCAUCCUGCAGGGAUUCUUCUGGGCUGCGUGCUUCUCCAUGACUCCCUGAUCAGCUCCUGUCCAUUGUCUUGAUCACAAUUCUGUAUACGCGGUGCUCUCUGUUCAACCUUUCAAUGGUGCUUUUAUAAGAUGCUGGAUAAAUGGUUUCAAUGUGCUUUCUGAAAGCUGAUGUGUAAAGCUGUGACACGGAGUGCUCUCUCUAGUAUUGUCUACUUCCCAGAACUUAGCGUUAACUGUGUUACUCUGACUACAAAAGGCUGACAGUGCUGCCCUGUCUCUUGUUCAUCCCCCACACAACCAGAAUGGAGUCAUCAUGUGAACAAGCCUAGGCUGGGCCACAGGUGUUUAAAGCAGCGAUUCAGGCCAAGUGCCUUGGCUUGAAAGCAGCUAGGCAUGAGUCUUAUCUGUACAGUGCGGGAUUGGAAACAUCACAGAGCCCAGCUCAAGGACUUUUUUCUGUCUCCUAUUGUGCGCAUACGUUUGUUUGCAAUAUGACUGUAAGAAAUCUGUUUCUGCAACAAACAUUUUAAUUUGGGCCACACUCCAGUGAGGGACUUCUGCUGUUAGGCAAAUUACCAGUUAUUUCAGAUAAGUGUUAUUUAUUUAGGUUGGAACAUGCUUGAAUAAGGCUGUUAUGUGCCUCACAAGUAACUUGGUGUGUGUAGUCUACUGCAAAACAGGAGAACGCAGAAAGAUCCUCAGCCUGUCAGAUGCUCCUGUGGUGGUGUGCUGAAGACUUUCAAGGGCAGGGCUCUUUCUGGGAGCAGGGAGCAUAAUUGCUAUUAAUAUGAUUUCAUACCCUGGUGGUGAAGUUGAUUUGUAGCAUCUCUUUUGGGAUGAUCAUGGUGGAAUACAUUGCCAGAGAAGAUCUCAGUCUCAAAGAAACAAAAACAAAAAUCCCCCAAAAAUUAUUUUUGUAUCCCUUGCUAGCAAGCAACAUGUGGUAAGGAUUAUGCUAAAGAUAAAUGCUAUGGAUGGACCGUCACAGAGAUAAAAAUGCAGGGUUCCCUUUCUUCAAGGAGAGAGAACCCCUUUGGUUGGGUCAGUAUGAAAGAUCCUGGGCUUACAAAAAGUAUUAAACAACAAAAGUGUUAAACAAAUGAAUUGCCUAUGUGGUAAUUUUCCAGGAGUAGAUUAGGGUAUCACAUAUACUAGACACUGUUCUUUUCCUGUGGACAACAGAAAGAUGAAAGCUUAUUUGUAAUACAGGGUUCCCAUUGAUUAAUUGAUAAAACUCACUUUACAUGUAAGCCAAAGGUCAGCAAGAGCGUCUACAGAAUGUAGAUGUAUUUAAGCUAACGCUAAAUGCUCCAGCUCAGGUGUUGUAAGCAGAAUCACUGGAACAAUUUAAUGCUCUGCUUGGUCUGACCUGCUCACAUAGCUAACUCCAGCACUCCGAUUUCCAUAGCAGAUGCAUGGGUUAUCUUUGUGUUACAUACCCAUUGGCCUGUGCCCAGUCUACAGAUAACAUAAAACUUACAGUUCUGUUUUUUCAAGCUGUGAGGUUUUGUUUCUGGAGGUCUUCAGUUUGAAGCUGGCAAGAAGGACAGUUACUACAAACAUGAUAGGAAAGUGCCUAAAAAUAAAGAUGUUUCGGUAAGGGUAAAGAUGCUUACUGUUAACUGAACAGCAACUUGUUUACUGUAUGUGGUACUCUCUUGCCAUACACAUUCCUAAAUACUGGCUUUCAUUUGUGAUGAUCAUUUAUUGUUAUAAUAGCACAGUCUGACAAGGUUUCCAUCUCUGCAAAUUCAUUGUCUAAUUUUAACUAGCAUAUGUUUGUUGCAGAAAACAUAAAAUGAGAUUCUUUGUUCAGUUUAGAGGGCAGCUAUGUUAUUUCUUAUAGUUUAUGAUAAUGCAACAAUCUGCUUAGAUGAUUUACAAAGUAUGUAAGUAUCACUUGACUUCAAAAUGCUUCAUUUGAGAUUUCAGAAUGCCUCCUCUUCACUACAAGACAAUGUUACCAGCUCUUGUCAUUUUAAUCUUGUAAUAUUGGGGAGGGGGUUUUAAACCUUACAAAUCUUAUUACUUAAAAAAAAAAAAAAAAAAAAAAAAAGACGACAAUGCUGAUGUUUUGACUUCCUAAUGUCUACAAAGAGACUCUCAUAUUUCAACUUUGAGCAUAGGUUUUGGUGGAUUUGGACUACCCUCUUACUUAUGGAACUGCUCCUCCCCACCACAUUCAGUUGUCAUGAUCUGAGUAUCUCUUUUGUCCCUGAUGAAAUAUGGCAACUGUCCAGAGGGCACAGAAACUGCAUCACAUAACACUUCUGAAUGGGACCUUUUGAAUGUGCCUGUGAGAUUUAGGAGCCUGGACUUAAGUCAGAUGUUUUGGGGAAGUCACAUCCUGUCUUGCAGACUUCUGUGGAGGUCUUUCUUUCAAGGCAAGAAGUUCUGUAGCUUGCAAGCACUCAACUGACACGGAAAGAUGUAUGUAAAAGAGGUGGACUGGUACAAUGUUUAAAUAACACCUAAGAGCACAAGAACCUUCUUUCUCACAUGUCUGAGGGUAGUGGAAUUCGGUCUUUGUCUCUGAGGUUAUUUGAGAACAGUCACGUAACCAGUCUUCUUGGAACAUCCUACCAGCAGACAAGCCUUUGAAUGAGCAUCUGGAUCACUCUGGUGGCUCCUGAGUUUCCACACGUACCACCUUCAUCAUUUCCAGCAGGGCCUGUCUCUACUCUGUGGCAAUGCCUACUUAGGAAUUGCCCUUUGCUUCACAGUCCUGACCCCUUUAACUUAAGAAAGGGGGAUAUGAGCUGAUUGUCCUCAGUCUGACUUGUCUUUCUAGAUGAAAGUGUGCUAAGACCCUGCUUGCAAACCCAGAAAAGAGCAUUUGCUGUCAGGGCAAGACAGGUAUAGCCUACUGCAGCAGCUAGGAAGAGAGAGGUAAAAGGAACAAUAGCUAAGUUUCAUUUGCACUUCACGCAUGUCACAGACUACCUGUUUAGAUUUUUACAGUAGAAGAGGUUACAGUUAAGGGACAAGUUGCCAAGAAUCUCACAGGAGAUGAAGGGAAUUGUUUUUUCUUCUCAGUAUUCCCUAUACCCAAAGAGGCAGGGGCAAGUCCUCUCUGCCCCACCAUGACGCAGUUUGCUGAUCUUUUAUCAAGCCUCCAUAUCAACAGAAAUGAAAUGAAUAAAUAAAUUCUAAACACGUGAUUUUGUUCUGUCAUAAACCCAAAAUGGACAAAUGUAGAUGCGCUAAUGUAAGUACCAUGUGCAGAUCUGGACUUGCACACAUAGUUUUUAACAAAAAAAAACCCAAACCCUAACUGGAUUACUUUAUUUAAAUAGAAUUAUCUGCAUGAGACAAGGGUGCAGGAUUGGACCCUAAGACAGAGCUUAGAAGAAGUUUGGCUUGGUGCUAGGUAUUUUUUGUUUGUAUUUUCAGUGAAAUAUAUUUUCUUUCUUUUAUGUUAGUGAAUUGAUACGACUUCCACAGGAACAACAAAAAAUAGUCUGGUAUAUGGAUAAUCAUCUCUAAUAGCUAUUACUGAAAUCAUGCCUCAGUAGGAGUCACUUUAAAUUGGGUGCUAUAGGAACUUCAGCAUAAAAUUGCUUUAUAUAUGGAACAUUGCAUACUUAGAACAUAGUGGAUAAAUAUUUGUAAUACAGACACUUUCAUUUAUUUUAUACAUUGUUUUAUAAUGGAAAAAAUAUUUACUACUGGAAUGGUUUUCCAGCAAUGUUCUCUUACAUAAUGUUCUAGCAACAAACUGUGUUUCUGGACAACCAUUUGAUUCUCUGGUCACUGACACUGAACUGUGAAACAUCCUCAAACCAGUAUGAGCUUCUGAAAAGAGAGGAUUAGAACUGUUUCUGGCUAUCUUAGUGUGGAUACAGUUAAAUAUACUGUGUAGUUCAGAUCUGUAGGCAGUGAGAGCAGUUCAAAGGAAUGACUGUGCUAUAUAAACCUGGAGUCAGUGCAUGCAGGCUUCCGAGAUGGCACUAGCUGGGGUUUGUUUGCUACAUGAUGGGUUAUUUGGCUUGCUACCUGUUUGAAAUCAAUAUAGUUUUAUUAACACCACUGCAGACACUGAAAUACUGUAGUUUUGCAGAAUGUACGUUCCAUAAAUUAUAGCUUGACUGUAAUUGCAAGGCUUAUCCUACUGUUAGUGCGGUUCAGAUCCAACACUACGUUGCAUUUUGUAAAUUGAUAAAUGCCAUGAAAUUCCUCUCAACAUUUUGUAGUAGUAUACACAAGUUGAUGUAAUUUAGUCAUACCAUUAUUCCAAGAAUCUUCAUCGGAUAUUUCUAGCCAAUUCAGCUUUUGGCUGCUGAAAGCACAGUAGGUAAUUAUGGUUAUUUACUGUAAAUGUAGACAAGUCUUAUGUAAAUAUUUCAGGGGAAAAAAGCUACAUAAACAUAUAAGGCAGUUAUCUAAAAGUAAGAACAUAGGUCAAUGAUAUAAAAUACAGGUUUUAUUUAUGUACAGUAGUAUCCUAAUAUUGUUUAUAUGCAGAAAAAAAUCUUAAGAUUCUGUACUGUAUUCUCUGAAAGCUUUUAAAAGAGGCUCUGCCAUUUUCUCUGGUUAAUAUAUCUGCAAAUAACUUUUGAAUUUAUUGGAAAUCCAUGUAAAUGAUGUCAAAUGGAGAACAUGUUACAUUGCAAUGAAAUUAGUUUAAUUCAAAGAUCCUGGCAAAAUUCAUUGGAUUGAAAUCUAUAUAUAAAUUCAAUAGCCAGACAGAAUAAAACACAAUAAAUAAGCUUU